AUGUCUUCUGGCGUCCGAAUCUACCUAUGGCUGGCUUUAUGCCUCCAGCAUCUGGCCGGGGCACAUGCGAUACAGUCUCGGCAGUACCACACACAGCCAUCUGGUCGCCAACGUAUCAGCAUUAACAGUGACUGGCGAUUCUGGCGAUCAGAAACCAACCCCGAUAAUCUCAUCUACGACAACCGAACAGACACACCUCAGCAAGGAGUUACCUACCUCAGACCCUAUAUUCUUCCUUCGGCCAACGAGUUUAUCGCCGACGCAUCGAAACAUCAUGUAGCUCCUUCGGGCAAUCCUGGUGGCAAUGUUUCGUACGUCAAGAACGCAUUCGACGACAGUGCUUGGGAAAGCAUUACUUUGCCUCAUGACUGGGCGAUUCAAGGCCCUUUCUAUGAAGGCGACAAUGUACCGGUAACUGGCGGUAUGGGAAGAUUACCGAUCCAAGGAGUUGCUUGGUACAGGAGGAAAAUCACCCUAGCCGCCGAGGACAAGAACAAAGUGGUGUACCUUGACAUCGAUGGCGCUAUGUCGUAUGCAAUGGUUUGGCUCAACGGCAAUCUUAUUGGUGGUUGGCCGUACGGUUACAAUUCAUUCCGUCUUGAGCUCACACCAUACUUGAGGCCUGGUGAUGAUAACCAGCUGGCUAUUCGCUUGGACAACCCGAUAGACUCAGCAAGAUGGUAUCCUGGAGCUGGCCUAUAUCGCAACGUAUGGUUAACCAAAGUUGAGAAAACACAUGUUGCUCAUUGGGGCACAUAUAUUACGACCAGAGAUUUAUCGUCAAAGUCUGCAACCGUGGAUUUGGUAGUGCAGGUCAAAGGUACUGCUGGUCAAAAAGUUGAAAUCGUCACGGAAGUCCAUACAGAAAAAGGGAAGAAGGUGGCUGACUUCCCUCGCACUACGAUUGACUUGACUGGUAGCACCAGUGGGGUUACCAAUGUUUCGGUUUCAGUCAAAAACCCUCAGCUUUGGGGCCCGCCGCCUACACAGCAACCUCAUCUCUACGUUGCUACCACACGUAUAUUCAACAACGGCAGUAAGACACCCAUCGACACAUACGAGACGUCUUUUGGUAUUCGUGCCAUUACAUACAGUGGCGAUGGUCUCUUCGUCAACGACGAGCAUAUCCGCAUCCAGGGUGUAAACCAGCAUGGAGACCUCGGUGCUUUGGGUGUGGCUUUCAACGUACGUGCUGCCGAACGCCAGCUGGAACAUCUGCAUGAGCUUGGCGUGAAUGCAAUCCGAAUGUCUCACAACCCACCUGCACCUGAACUAUUGCACCUGACGGAUCGCAUGGGGUUUCUGGUGAUGGAUGAGGUUUUCGACUCAUGGGAACGUAAGAAGACGGACAAUGACUUUCAUCUGAUUUUCCCCGACUGGCACGAGCCUGAUCUUCGCUCCAUGAUCAGACGAGAUCGUAAUCAUCCUUCGAUUUAUGCUUGGAGUAUUGGCAACGAAGUGGGUGAACAGACGUGUUGUGGGGAAAGAGGCACCGAGAUCGGACAUGAACUGAAUGCGAUUGUGAUCGAAGAGGAUCCCACGAGGCCAUCCACAGCAUCGAUGAAUGUGGCGAAACCGAACCAGACCUUCCCUGAAGCCCUUGGUAUUCUUAGCCUGAACUAUCAGGGCGAAGGCAUCAGUGACACUCCUCAAUACUCGCAGACAAACGGAACCCGCACUCCGCCUCAAUACCAGCCUUUCCACAACAAGUUCCCACAGAAGCUACUUGCAAGCAGCGAGUCUGCGGCCGCUCUUAGCUCGCGCGGAACGUACCUCUUUCCCGUUACGGAUUUGAUUACCGCACCUGUGAAUGAUACAUCAGGCGGUAACUCAACUAGCUUGCAAGUUAGCUCCUACGAGCUGCACACGGCUAAUUUUGGCUCUUCUGUCGACAAAGUAUUCGCAGCACAGGACUUGCAUCCUUUCGUUGCUGGUGAAUUCGUCUGGGCUGGUUGGGACUAUCUUGGAGAACCUGAGCCCUACUACGAUGCUAGAAGUUCUUAUUACGGAAUCAUCGAUCUUGCAGGUUUCCCGAAAGAUCGAUACUACUUGUACCAGUCAAGAUGGCGAUCGAAUCUCAAGAUGGCGCAUAUAUUACCACAUUGGAACUGGCUAGAUCGCGUUGGCGAAGUUACGCCUGUACAUGUGUUCACGUCUGGCGACGAGGCAGAAUUGUUCUUGAACGGCAAGUCCUUGGGUAAGAAGAAGAAGAGCCAGUUUGAAUACCGUCUCCGUUGGGACGAUGUAAUCUAUGAGCCUGGCGAGGUUCAUGUCGUCGCCUACCGCAACGGCACCGAGUGGGCUAGUGACACCGUGCGAACAACUGGAGCUGUCGCAGGACUUCGACUGAAGGCAGAUCGAGUUGAGAUUGCCGCUGAUGGGGAAGACUUGUCGUUUGUCACUCUGGAGGUUAUCGAUGAAAACGGAGAUGUUGUACACAACGCGGACAGCGCCAUCACAUUCUCAGUAUCUGGACCUGGUGAAAUUGUGGCUACCGAUAACGGCAACCCUGCAGACCUCACACCGUUCCCUUCUCUAGAGAGGAAAGCAUUCAGUGGUCUGGCCUUGGCUAUCGUAAAGGCAAAGAAAGGUGAGUCUGGGACUAUUACUGUGACGGCCAGUGGAAACGGCCUGUCAGCAGGGAGUGUCAAUGUCAAGGCGACAUAG